CCCAAAAUCGAUCCCCCUCACCCUAGAAAUCUCUUCUUUUUUUCCCCAUUUUAUUUUUCCCAAACCAUUUCUCCCCUACCCCGAUUCCCUUUAUUUUUCCCCCCAAUUUCCCCAAAUCGGCAGCCCUCACCCUAGAAAUCUCUUCUUCUUCUUCCUGAUUUUUUAUUUCCUCAAGUCACUGUAUCAACGAACUGCCCCAAAGGAAAAUUUAUUUGGGUUUUUAUUUUUCAAGAACUUUCUUUGGUUUCUCCAUUAAAAAUUGUUCAUCUUCUUUUUUUUUACCCUUUUCAUUUGCAUCGUAUCCAUUUUCAGGACCUAAAACAUCGAUUUCAUACGUCACGAUUUCAUGGUUCUGAGGAUGCGAAAGAUGAUAUUGUGGCAUUUUUAAUUCCCCUUUUAGAUGAUAAGUUUCCUCUCAUAAGGAGUAUUUCUUGUUGGACACUUUCUCGAUUCAGCAAAUACAUUGUUCAGGCAUUAGGUACCGGGUUCACUUAAUUUGCACAGCCUGUAUUUCAGAGGUGCAUAAAUAUCAUCCAGACUCAACAAUUGGCCAAGGGUAUGGCAACAGAGACCAGCUUGUUUAAGGCCUAUAAGAUGUUGAAUGCAAGGGACCAGAAUCUUGUGGAGACAGUUGGCAAUGUGUUGACAUCACUCCCCUUUAUUGCUCUUGGGAUCCAGGUCCCUAGGAGAAAUUUUAAUGCUAAGAUGUAUUCUAAUUCACUUAUUGGAGUUGGAGUUGCCUCUACUUUGUAUCAUUCUUCUAGAGGAAAGCUGAGGAAAUACUUAAGGUGGGCCGACUAUACAAUUGAAAUGGUGUGCAAAGAGAUUGCUUCUUCUGAUCUGAUUUUUCGAUAUAAAUACUGGACAAAGUAUGGAUAUUUCUUGUCAGUUGCAUUUACUGCUGCUAGUAAAAUAGGAUUCUCUUCUUAGGAUCUUAGUUUCUUCACUUGUAUUAGACUCAACAAUGACUUGCAUUGCAUUGGGGUUGAUUUUACCUAAAUU